CAACCCAUCCUCGUAACUUCGCGACUCUGCCGUCGAGCUCCCGCACUUUGCGCGAUCAUCAAACUCGCGCGUGCCAACCAGGACUUGGUUGAUUUUUAUCUCGAAUUUCAUCUACCUUGCUCACUUGUUACCCUAAUAUCUCGUCAAAAAUGGCGUCCUCUUCGCGCAAACGCCCCAGGCCCGAGGUCACCUCCGAAGACAACAGAGCAGAGUGCCCCUUUUCCAUCCGAGUAGUCGACCCCAAGGAGAAGGAGCAGAAGAAGAAGAAGCGGAGACGCACCGAUGCCGAAGAGGAGGAAGCCGCGCCGAGGAUGUCCUUGCAGAUGUCGCCCUUCGCGCCCUCGGGCAAAUUCAAGACAUACGAGACUAUGGACAUAUACUACCAGGUCGACCCGGCCAAGAGAUGGACCGACAUGACGCGAUAUAACAGCUUUGUCCUCAACGGCGUGAAGUACUUCAGUGAAGGCUUCAUCUAUGUUGCAAAUGACUCGAGCAUCGAGCGGCAGAAGGCGGCCACCACUAAAGAGCAGCAGGGCCAGCCGCGGAAAAAGUCGGAUGACGAUUGGGUCGCCCGUAUCCUCGAGAUCCGGGCUAGCGACGAGCAUCACGUCUACGCCAGAGUUUAUUGGAUGUACUGGCCAGACGAGCUGCCCCCUGGCACCCACGAUGGCAAGAGAGUUGUGAGCAGCCGCCAGUCGUACCACGGCGUCAAUGAGUUGAUCGCUUCCAACCACAUGGACAUCAUCAACGUUGUCAGCGUGACUGCCCCUGCGCUGGUGAACCAGUGGUACGAGGAGAACGACGAAGAGAUUCAGAAUGCCCUUUACUGGCGGCAAGCAUUCGACGUCCGGACCUACGAACUCUCAUCUGUUGAAAUGCUAUGCAAAUGCUCCCUUCCUGGAAAUCCCGACAAGACCCUGAUUGGGUGCACUACCGAACCGUGCAAGACAUGGCUUCACGAAGAAUGUAUCAAGCACAACGCCCUGCUCGAGACAUUCAAACGCCUGGGCACGGACAAGCCACAUCGCUCCGAUCCCGCCAAAGCUGACAAGGCAGGGGCUGAGGGGAAGCGCCCCUUGAGCCCCACCACCGAGACCGGAGCUGCAGUAUCGGCACAGCAAUCGAUCGAUGUCAAGCAGGCUACAGAUGCCGUGCACGUCGGCAACAAUGGCAAUGUCGAGGUGAAGGGGCCGGAGGAUGAAGAUGCGUCUGCCGCACCGGAGGAUAAGACUCCAGAAACUGGGACCAAGUCCGCGGUUUCUGCCGCCACGAAGGAAAAGGCCGGGUCUGAAACCCCCAGCAAGGGGACACCAUCCAAGGCAGCAGGAUCUGCGAAGAAGCUGGCAAAGUCACGAAAGAGGCAGGGGGAGGGAUUCGGCGAGGGGGCGAAGCCGUACAUGGGGCUAUUCGAGGUGACCCUGAGGAUGGACACCAGCCCGCCGAUAUUGGAGUUCAGCGACCUGCGGGAAGGGAUUGUUGGCGGAGACAAGACGUGGACAGAGCCGAUCAAGUGUUUGCUAUGCGGCUCCCAGAUCAAUUAGGCGUUGGUCAUUGAAGGGGAUUCAAUUCAGAUCGACGCUCCAAUGCCGAGCUUCAACCCCUUGGCGGAGGUGAUUCACCACCCGCCGAGAGUGCUCUGGAAGCGCAA